AUGACAAAUUUUACAUGUGAAGAAACUUGGUUGUGUAAAAAUGUUCAAUCAGCUAUUUGUUUACAUUGUAAUCGUCGAUUAUGUCUUCAACAUAUAACUGAGCACAAUAAAAUCAAACCUAAUAGUGUUCAAAAUCUUUCAAAUGAACUUGAAGCCACUUUUAAACAAAUUAAUGAUAAAUAUGAAAAAAGUCGACAAACAUAUAAUAAUUUAUUAGCAUCAUUAAAUCAAUGGCGUACACAACAAAUAGAAAGAAUUGAAAAAACUUAUAAAAAUAGUUUACAAGGCAUUGAAUCUCAACAAGAAGCUUUGAAUAUACUACACCGAGAAUUAACUGAAGUACUUGAUCGUGAUGGACGACAACAAUUAUUACAGAUACAAUGUCAGGAUGAUGUCAUUAUGAAAAGACUUCAUCAUAUUCAUCGAACAAUUAAAAAUGUACAAAAAUAUUGUACACAACUACAAUGGAACGCCUCAUUAUUGCAAUCACCAAUUAACUCAGAACAAUCUUCUGAAGAUUCUUCGUCAAUGCAAAUUCCAUUGAAAAUAUCAAAAUCGAAUAUUCACGAAUUACCUCGGAAAAGAAAGCUUUCAACUAAUUCAUCAUCAAGUAAUGUUAUAAAUCUACGAAAAUAUCGCUCGUUUAGACGACUUGUUGACAUAUUUGCUGAUAUAUCGUCUAUAGAACAGAGUAAAAAUAAUAUUGCUAACUAUCUUAAACAACAAGGUCCUCAUUUUCAGUUUCCUAUUCUUGUUUGUUCGUACCUUGCAGCUUGGCAUAGGACAUCAGGAAUGAAUGAAAAACUUAUUCUUCUAAAUGAACAUAUAUCAACUAUUCAAAAUUAUAUUCAAAAUCGUAACUCUGGUUAUUUUAUAUUAUUAGGUAUACUUGCAUUCUUUUUUAAUGAAUCCAUUCAAGAAAAUAAGAGAGAAAUGAUGACAUUUUUAUUACAAUAUUUUGUCAAUCAUCAAUGUAUUAGUCGAAAUGAAAUACUUGAUUGGUAUGAUAAAAUAGAUUUACAUGGUUAUCAAGGUUUUGACGAUGCUAAGCUAUUAACUGCACCAUUUAUUAAAUCACUUUUGACAAUCGAUAUAGUUUCGAAUGUACACAUGGUGUCAACCAAUCAAAAUUCGGUUCUACUAUCUGACACUAUUGAGUUAAAACAGGAACCAGCUGUAUUUACUUGA